CAAUAAUGGUGUCAGUUAUGUCGGAAAAAAAGCAUCUCAUGCGCUUUUGGUGAGAAGAAGAAGACGUGUUUUACGUGUGCCUCUUUCCUCCAUGAAUCUUUUAAAAACAAAACAAACUCAGCUUUGAAGAACAUCAUCGGACGAUGGCGGCGGGUGGUGUUGUUUGGGUGACAUUUCCCAAACAGAAUUUGAUACCACCACCAAGGAAGAGAUUUGGUCGGAAACUCAGGACCGGCGUCCCACUGAUCUCAUCGACGGCGGAAAGAGCAUAUUCAGAAGAAAAGGUGCAUGAGGUGGUGUUGAAGCAAGCCGCUUGGGUUAAACAACAGAGGCCAAACGAAGGAUGCAAAGAUUGGGAUCUGUUGAAUGAAGCUUAUGAGAGGUGUGGUGAAGUCUGUGCGGAGUAUGCCAAGACUUUCUACCUGGGUACAUUGCUUAUGACACCAGAACGUCGGAGGGCUAUUUGGGCCAUUUACGUUUGGUGCAGAAGGACAGAUGAGCUGGUAGAUGGACCAAAUGCUUCACACAUUACACCAAGGGCUCUUGACACUUGGGAGAAAAGAUUAGAUAACAUCUUUCAAGGUCGUCCCUAUGACUUGUUUGAUGCUGCUUUAUCUCAUACUGUCUCAAACUACCCUCUUGGUAUUCAGCCCUUCAAGGACAUGAUAUAAGGGAUGAGGUUAGAUUUAUUGAAAACCAGAUAUAACAACUUUGAUGAACUCUAUCUAUACUGCUACUAUGUUGCUGGGACGGUCGGACUAAUGAGUGUUCCGGUAAUGGGAAUCGCAUCCGAAUCAAAGGCAUCCAACGAAACCGUGUAUAGUGCUGCAUUAGCCCUCGGAAUCGCUAAUCAACUUACUAAUAUAAUCCGAGAUGUUGGGGAAGAUUGUAGGAGAGGAAGAAUAUAUCUUCCACAAGAUGAACUUGCCUCGGCAGGGAUAUCGGAAGACGAAAUAUUUCGAGGACUAGUGAGCAAUAAAUGGAAAAUUUUCAUGAAAAAUCAAAUAAAACGAGCAAGAAUGUACUUUGAUGAGGCCGAAAAAGGGGUUGCGGAGCUAGAGGAGGCAAGCAGAUGGCCAGUGUGGGCAUCAUUGUUGUUGUAUAGACAAAUCUUAGAUGUCAUUGAAGAAAAUGACUAUAAUAAUUUCACCAAAAAGGCUUAUGUAGGGAAAGCAAAGAAAUUUGCUUCACUUCCACUGGCUUAUGGAAGAGCAAUUAUGGGCACUUCCAAAUUCUUCUGA